AUGUUCGCGAGGGACGAGGUCAAUGCCCUCUUUAACGACGCGUCGAGGGCUCUGCAGCGCUCGCAGCUCCUACUGGAGGAGCGGUCCCGCGGGGCGCCACUGGAAAGGCCAUCCGUGAUGCCAAAUUCGCCGAGUUUUGAGGCGGCCCUGCGUGCCUUGCGUGAGCUUAUGGAGUUCGCUGCCUUUCUUGACGCCUCCGAAAAGGUGGGCGAGCGGCUACUGGAGGAGUCUCGGCAGCCAUCGCCCGCGAUGGCGAAGAAGCGUCGCAACGGCAGCAGGUGCCCACUCCUGCGGCGAGUUGUGGACGGACUUGCAGGCGUUCAGGGCAUGUGGGCUGGUGAUAACAGAGCCGCGGAGGGUUUGUGGUCAGGAGGUGCUCUGCUCGCAUCGCAUUUGGUGCUUGCUGGGCUUUUUGCCGACUGGCAGCACGGUGCGCCCAGGGCAGCGCAGCAACGCAUCGCAUUGCUGCAGCAAAUGAUUGAAUUGGACGGGGUGCCGCAGCUGGAGGAAUGCAGGAAGGAUGACCUUCUGCAGCUGCUGAGUGAGGUCAAGGCUGGCAUGCCCGGCGAGGUGGUGGACGAGUUGGAUGCUCAAAUUAUGCGCGUCGCUUGUAGUCUCACCGGCGAGUGGAAUAUGCCAAGCACGCCCGCUCAAUUGUCCUCGUUGCUGCUGUUUCCAACAGUAAUACCCUUCAUUGUUCAGAACGCCUCUACGUCACUGGCCGUGGACUACAUUAUCACCCCACUGGAGCGUGCUGCGACCGGUCUGUUGCCGAUGUAUCUUUCGGAGAGUCCUGCAGAAUUUGUUCAGGCAUGCAGACAGCUUGUGCAGCAUGUUAUGCUUGUGGGGAUGUACGCGGCGGUUGGACUCAAGCUCUCCACCGUAGGCGGCGUGCAGCGUGUGGUAACAUUUACAAAGCGGCUAUUUGACGCGCUCCUCAUGCCUGUCGAAGGCGCUUUCACCGCAGCACUGCCUCGUGCCGGUAUGACAGUCGAUGUGCACCAAGGGCUCGCCGGACCGUUGUGCCAUUGGGUGCGCUCGUGGGCAAAGCAGGUGGAAGGUAAAAGGGGGGCGGAAACUACGGCGGCGGCGUCAGGCGCACGGAAGUUGCUGCCAGUGUGGUGCACUGCGAGUUUUCGCGCUCUUAUGGUGGUGGAGGCGCUCGCACAUGCAGAGCUUGGCGUCGUUAGCGGACGUGGCAAUGCAACGGCGCAGCAAAAGAAGUAUUAUUCCAUGCUCCAGCAAUCAAACGGGAGAGUCACCACCGCCAUUCUCUCCGCCGUCACGGAGGACAGGCAGUUGCUAUUUGAGGAGACGACGACGCGAUCGGCGCAGGGGCACAAGGUGUACCGCAUUCAUGAAGGGGGCACCGGACCGACGGUCUACGUGUACCUCGAUCACGGCAUCGUUUACAUGAAGGUUGGACGUGAGCGCCUCUUCCGCCGCGCCAAGAGCGUGGAAGACGUGUUCAGCGUCCUUGCCGACUCCUCGCAACUCUAA